CAACAGAGUCCAGACAGUGUCGACACUGCUCCCAAGGACCCUGAGAAACUGCUUCGAUCCGGGUAGCCGCGUUUCUUAGUAAGAAAAUGUCUGAUGAAGAGGAAGAGUUUGAUAAUCAGAAUACGGUGAAUUCAACAGAAGAAAGAGAUGACACUUCUAAUACUAUCAAUAUUCCAGUUAUCUCAGAGGAGCUUCCAGACACAGACGAAGCUGAUGAACAUGAAUCUGAAGUAGAAACGUUUGAUGAGGGCCAGGAAAUACCUGCUAUGGAGGAAAAUGUCUUUAGCUUUCCAAGCCAGGAACCAGGAGAUGAAGAACUCGUGGAAGAAGUUAUGCCAUCUAGUCAGGUUUCAUACACCUCAGAAUAUUAUGGGGAAUCUGAGACACAGUUAGACACACAGAAUCUAAAUGACGACAAUCUCACAUUUCUGGAUAAAAUAAAGGCUAUAAAGAAGUCUUUGCAAGAAUCAGUGAAAGACUCUUCAGCAAUAGUGAAAAUUGUACUUAUUCCUGUGGGCCAGGAAAUUACAAUGCCUUUUAAAGUUGACAUCAUUUUCAAAUUUCUCAAGGAUCACUUUUCACAGUUAUUAGGUAUACCGGAAUAUGUACUGCAGUUAAGAUAUUCAGGGAUAAUUCUUAAAAAUAAUGAAACUUUAAUAGAACGUGGCAUUAAGCCAAAGGAAGUUGUACAGUUGGAACUCUUUUCUACAAAUCCAUAUCAAUAUCCAGUUAAAAGAAUACCAGGAUUAAGUGAUGUCUCUCAAAUCAUAACAGUCCUUGUGCAAACUGGCAUUGAUCAGUACCAGGAGUUGGCUGUUGAGAUUGUAAAAUCUGACUUUCACAAACCAUUUCUUGGUGGAUUCAGACAUAAAAUAACAGGAAUAGAAUAUCAUAAUGCCGGGACACAAACAAUACCUAAAAAAACUUCUGAAAGAACCAGCGUAUUUUGUAGAGACACACAGACUGUUUUUGAGAAAAGAAAGUUUCAACAGACCGCAAAUACCACAUCCACACAGAUGACUAAAAUUGGUGUGUAUGUAUCAAAUAUGACUGAUAAACUGAUGACACCAGGACCGUACUUUACAGCGGCACAAUACCAUGCUCAAAGAUUAGCAGCGGUGAUAGUGAUACAGACUUACUACAGACAGUGGCAUGCUAAAGUUUAUGUAGAGAGUUUAAGACAGCAAAAACGGUUGCGGUUGGAAUGGGAGGCACAGGAAGAACUAAGGAAGAAAAGAGAAAAAGAAGAAUGGAUGAAAAUGGACUAUUACCGAAGGCAUAAUCCUAAAACAAAUGAAGAUUUUGAACUUCUUUAUAAUGCACUAGAACUCUGGCGGCAAGAAGAACUUGCACAGAUUAACCAAUCUUUCACUGGAGCUGAAAGGAAAGCUCGUUUGUGCGAACUUCUGGAAAAAGAGACCCAGUUAAUUGCUUCCAUUGGGAGACAUAGAUACAUCGCUCGUAUGGAAAGCCAGGAUGCAGUGGUACAAGCCUUUUUGGAUAAGUGCUCAUCUCCAAAAUCCUGGAGAAGGCCUGAUGGCAAAAUAAUUGAAAUGGAUACACAGUUCACCAUUAGAGCCAGAGAGCUGCAAAACAUCUAUAAAUGCAUUAUGUUGAAAAAUAUCUCCCAAGAUGAGAGGCUGGAUGUACUCUUAACACUUAAACACACUGUGAAGGAACAUGAAUGUAAGCUGACUCAGGAAAUUCUCGAAUUGAUUGACAGAGAAGUUGACCUUAUGAUGAGAGGAGUCAAGCCUCAUAACCUUGAAGGACUCAGGAAAAGAAUUGCAACACUCUUUUUUCAUUAUAUCAAAACACCGCUAUUUAAUCCUGAGGUUGCAAGAUACCUUAAGGUUCCUCCAGACCCACUGAAGUUUUAUAAGAAGAUUUACUUUUGCCACAGUUGCCAGCUCUAUUUGCCUUCUACAGAUUUCUCUGUGUCAUCCACCUUACAUCGCUUAUACUGGUGCCGGAAGUGCAUUAACCUUGAGAAUGAGACUCAACAACGAGAAUCAUUUUUGAAGUACAAAUGUUUACUGCAACGGCUGUACUAUUCAGAAGUUGAUUAUGAAGAUGAUUCUAAAAUUGCUUUCCUGAUGGAGCUUCAAGACAUUCAAUACCUGGUAGAGAACAUCUGGGCAGCCCAGUCAGCACUCAGUGCCAACAACAACCUCAACGAUCUGGUCUUGGUCAGAUGGGAUAAGUCCAUGGAGUGGUCCCCCUGGAACUGCAUUCUUCUGACCAGAGAUGAAGGGGCCGCUCAUCUUAAGCUACUAAGUAUUGAAGAGGGAUAUGGACGCUUGUUUAUUCACAAGAUUAAACACAAACAUAUCCUGGCUAGGAAUUAUUUUUCUCAGAUUCCAGCACUGGCUUCAUUUAUCCAUGAUGAUGAUGAAAUAGAGGAGAUCAGAAGGAAACAUCACAUGGACCCAACACUGAAAAUUAUCGAAUCCCAGAGGCCUCAUUCUUAGAAAGUCCAGGAGUAUUUGUCUGAUGCCUAGCAAUUUUGCCUACUGCUAAUAGAGUAAUA